UCAACCCCUGAAGCAAUCAUCUUCUUCUCCGCUUCCUCUUCCUAACCUUCUAUAAGAUCUCACCUUAUCGCCUUUCAUAAUUCAUCUGCUUUUACUCGCAAAGUAUAUCUGUUCCAAGUCUCCAACCCUCUCCAUCAUCCAAUAACAUGGAUAUAGUUGCUCUUUCAGACAUAUUUCAGGACAAAUUCUCAUCAUCUUCGGUUCGUGACAUCGCACUGAAAUGGAAUUUGGAUGAUGAGCUGAAGAAGCUUCAAGAAUCCGUCGUGACCAUAAGGAGCAAAUGCUUCGGAGAAGACAACGACAAAGCAGCAAAGAUGCUGAGAGACAUUUUGUACGAUGCCGAAGAUAUCUUUGACGAGUGCGGAUUCUACACCUUGAAAUCCCAGCAACAGCAAAAUCAUCAUAGAAAACUUCUUCAGGUCAGGCAUAUCUUCUAUAAGAUACGUUCUUUCGCGUUUCGAGUUAAAAUGGGAUAUGAAAUGCAAAGGUUAGGAAAUAGAUUGCACAAAAUUGAUAUGUAUGGUAAGCCCAGAAAUGCUGGCGACCCCCUAUAUGGUGGGUUCCAUCUUGUUUCUUUAUCUCCUCCUAGUGGUGGUGGUGCUGCUUUUGAUUCAUCGGUGGCAUCAAGUGUGUGUGGAAGUGUGGGUGCAAGUGGUGCAGCUUACUUGUCAGAGUCGCUCCUAUAUGGUGGGUUUGUUUCUGUAUCUCGUCCUUGUGGUGGCGGUGCUUCUCUUCAUUCAUCGGUGGCAUCAAGUGUGGAUGGAAGUGUGGGUGCAAGUGGUCCAGCAUACUUCUUCCAGUCGCCCCUAUAUGCUCGGUCCCAAAUGUGUGGAAGUGUGGGUGCAAGUGAUGCAGCUUACUCGUCAGAAAUAGUUAAAAAACGUAGAAAAUUUAUAUUGCCGGAUAGGGAUAUUAGACAGAAUGACAAAGACAGGAUUGUGGAAGCUCUGCUCGAAUGGAGCAAUGAAGGGAUUCUUUCCAUUUUGCCAAUUGUUGGAGUAGGUGGGAUAGGAAAAAGUACUCUUGUGAAAUUGGUGUACAACGAUGAGAGGGUAGUAAAGCAUUUUCAGCUGAGGAUUUGGGUAAACCUUUCACCUUGCUUUAGUGUGAGGAAAGUGGUUGAGAGAAUUAUUCAAUCUGCUACAGCAAACAAAAGAAUGCCAUUUAGGAAUUACGAGAAGGUUGGGGACAUUCUGCGCAAAAAGGUUUAUUUGCUUGUUCUGGAUGGUGUGUGGAACGAGUAUGAAGGGAAGUGGAAUCAAUUGAAGGAUUUUCUGGUGGCUGGUGCUAAGGGAAGUAAGAUUGUUCUGACGACUCGUGAUGAAUCAGUUGCAUCAGCAAUUGGGACAAUGCCCAUUUAUUGUGUAGAAAGGCUGGCAAAUGAUGAUUGUUUGUCAUUGUUCUUGAAAAUGGCUUUUGAAGAAGGACAAGAGGAAAAGUAUCCAAAUCUUGUGAGGAUUGGGGCUGAUAUAGUGCAGAAGUGUGAAGGAGUUCCCUUGGGUGUGAUUCUUUUAGGGAGUUCAUUGCGUGGGAGAAUUAGAGAAAUUGAGUGGACGGACAUCAGAGAUCAUUCUGUAUGGGACUCGCAAGAGAAUGGCAAAAUGUUUCCAGUAUUGAAAUUGAGCUAUGAAAAGUUGCCAUCCUAUCUAAAAGCUUGUCUUGCCUAUUGCUCAAUAUUUCCGAAGGGUUGUGAGAUUGAGAUAGAUAAACUGAUUCAGCUAUGGAUAUCUCAAGGGCUUAUUCACACGUCUACUCAUUUUGAAGAACCUGAAGAGAUAGGUUUGGAGUAUUUUAAUCAGUUGUCCUUCAAAUCUUUCUUUCAGGAUAUCGAGGAAAAUGGCCUGUUUUUCAGCUCAAUGUGCAAAAUGAAUGACACUGUGCAUGAUUUUCUGCUGUCAGUGGCAGGGUCUGAGUGUUCAACUGUUUAUGCCCAUACACAGAACAUUUCAGAAGAGGUGAAACAUGUAGCAUUCUCUGAUUAUGAUGAGUCGGGGAAGCAGUUACCAACUUCCCUACUUCAAAAUCAUGGUCUGAGGACCAUCUUUUUUCCGGUUGAUGAAGUGGGGCCAACUAGUACAUCUUUUGUUGAUAACUGUGUUUCAAGAUUCAUGCAUCUGCGAACACUAGAUUUAAGUCACUCAUCUUUUGAGAUGUUGCCAAGUUCCAUUGGCGAGUUGAAGCGGUUUGAAGUAUUUUGAUCUUAGUUCAAAUUGCAGUAUUCAAACUGUACCAAAUUCCAUUGGCAAGUUACAUUGCUUGCUCAUAUUACGAGCAGCUCUUUGUACACAACUAACGGAGUUACCCAAAGAUGCAGAAGACUUGAUCAGCCUGAGGCAUUUAUAUCUAACCACCAAACAAGAAUCUUUUCCAGAUAAAAGUGUUGGAUGCAUGUCCUCUCUUCGGUCAUUAUCCCUAUAUAGCUGUAAGAAUCUGGUUUCCUUAUCUGAUGAACUAAAACAUCUUAGGAACCUUCGAACACUGACUAUAGUCGAUUGCCCAAAAUUGACCUUCCUUCCAAGUAGCAUGAAGUACCUCACUGCUCUGGAAAACCUUUACAUUACUGAUUGUGACGAGCUCACUUUGUUUGAAUGGCAAGAUAUAGAAGGGAUUAAGAUGGUGCGAUCACUUGUUAUUGGAGGACUACCAGAAUUGAGUUCCAAAGAUGUUCAAUGCUUCGAGAACCUCAAGUCAUUUGUUAUUGACGGACUACCAAAGUUGGUUGUUUUGCCUCGGUGGCUUGAGGGUAGUGCUCUUACCUUGAGAAACCUGAGGAUUGCGAGAUGUCCCAACUUUCUGGAGUUACCUGAGUGGCUGAAGAAUCUUACGGCACUGGAAAGCAUUCAAAUUGCGGAAUGUCCCAGGCUAAGGUCCCUGCCUGCAGGAAUGCAUCGCCUCACUGAAUUAGAGGAACUGAAGAUUGACAAUUGCCCGCAGUUGAGUGUAGAUUGUGGAGAAAAGGACAGAGCCAAGAUAGCUCAAAUAAAAGAAACUUACCUCGAUGGCAUACUGCAGGUUCAAAAGAUUCAGAAUAAUUCUGGAUCGGGGGUGGCUGCAAUGUUGGUUACCAGCAAAGCUAGAAGCACUGAAACUUUGCAUUUUGGUGCUUGAUGGAAUUUCGCCUGACAAGUUAUUGUAAGACAAAUUCAAGAAACUCAAGGAGGAUGGUUUUGAAAAAUACUAGAAGGAAUUGGCCCAAAAAGAUGAUUUCUUGAUUCCACUUGUCCCAUUUGGCAGAUGUUGCUCGGAAUCAUUCCGUUCGAUUGAUUGCUGGAUAAAUUCAAAGGUUUCGAGCCCAAAAGAUUGGUUAAGAAACAUUUUUAUUACUGGAGAGGGGUAAUCAAUCUGUAAAUUGGGUAUGAGAAAAUAUAUAAAUAGCGGAACAACUCGUUUACAUCAUGAUGCAGGUCACAAGACAGUUGUUUGCUAUUUUAACAUGAAUCUAAUAGAGAGAAAGUGUUCCUGUAACCUGUACCAAGCUUCAUCCACAGAGCGGAAAUAGGCGUAUCUCCAUGUCUUCUCCAGUAUUAGAGUAAAAGAAACAGCCCAAAAGCCGAUGACAAACCCCACACCAAUGCAGAUAUAAAGCCAAUAAUCCACAGCAGUUUCGACACUUUCUUCUUGGAUUACAGUCACACCAUCAGUGCUGCUGCUGCCACAAUGCACUGUCAGGGGGCGGCCGCAAAGUUGGUUACCAGCAAAGGAAGAAGCAUCAAAACUUAGCAUUUGUGUGCUUGACGGAAUUUUCCCUGACAAGUUAUUGAAAGACAAAUUCAAGAAACCCAAGGAGGAUAGUUUUGAAAUGCUAGAAGGAAUUGUCCCUGAGAGAUGAUUUCUUGAUAGAUCAAGAGAUUCUAGCCGUCCCAUUUGGCCGAUGUUGCUUGAAAUCGUUCCUCCCAGUUGAUUGCCGGACAGAUUCAAAGAUUUCAACCCCAAAAGAUUGGUUAGUUCAAGAGGGAUCUUGCCAGAAAAAUUGUUGUUUGAGAGGUCAAUGCUGCAGAAAAGUCCAAGAAUCCAGUUAUAUUCGUAUACAUUUCCUUUAAUUGCCAAUUGUACACUCUCUGGGUAACCAGAAUAGAAGUAAGUUGUCUCAUUAUUGCGCAAGUAAA